AUGUCCGAAUCAAUGCCAACACUCCCCGUGGUCGAUCUCGACCUCUAUCUCACCGACUUAACCCCAUCUGAGCUUGUUUUACAAGAAUGCAAGAAGGCUGCAGAUGCACUAAUCUCUCACGGUGCUCUCUUGCUUCGCGACUCACGCGUGUCAGAGGACGACAAUAGUACAUUUCUUGAUUUAUUGGAGGACUACUUUGCACAACCGGUGUCUGCCCUCAAGGAGGACGAGAGGCCGGAACUAGGCUAUCAGGUGGGGGUAACACUCGAGAACACAGAGAAGCCGAAAUGUGCGGUGGACGAACCUUGUUUAAAAGUCAUUGCACGGUUGGAUCCUGCAGAACGACCCCUAGAUAUCUCUGCGCAUGACCCAGAUCCGAAGUGCAGAUUCUUCUGGAAGAUGAGCCUGAAGCCACCGUACGAGACGGACUACCCGUCAUUGAAUGCGCCUAACGUCGUUCCGCAGGCGGAGAGCUUGAGAACUAGGUGGACUCCGGUCAUGGAGAAGUGGGGAAAGUCCAUGAAGGACGCUGUCGAAGAUGUAGGCAGAAUGGUCUGUGUCGGCCUCGGCUUGCCCCAGGAGACCUUCAAGGAAGCAGGACGUUAUGGUCCCCAUCUGCUUGCUCCCACUGCAUCUGAUCUCGUAAAAUACUCGAAGAGAGACACAAUUCUCGCCGGUUUCCACACAGACCUGAAUUUCCUUACAAUCCACGGGCGUUCACGCUAUCCAGGUUUGCACAUAUGGGCGUGCAACACGGGGAAGCGCAUACCAGUUAUAUUCCCGUCGACAGGCCGAUAUCUCUUGGUCCAGGCAGGCAAACAGCUUGAGCAUCUGAGCGGAGGACUCAUCAAAGCGGGAUAUCACGAAGUUGUGGUCAACGAAGACACUCUUGCGGUGGUCGAACGACGCAAAAGCCAAUUUCCCGAUCGUCCCCUCAUCCGCAUAUCUUCUACAUUCUUCUGGCACCUGUCAUCCGAUUAUAACUUGGCUCCAAUCCCCUCCUUACUCUCCCGAGCUCUUGCUAUCCGAGCGGAUACCACGAAUCCUGGCACUGUGGACGUUGACGAAGACCCAACGUACCAGCCCAUGAAGGUUGGUCAGCAAGUGCAAAAUGAGUUGAGACAUAUUGCGUUGAUGGCUUGA